GUCCAGCCCAGCCCCUCCCGCCCGCCCCUACCCACAAGGCCGCGCGCGCUACCCGCGACCUCCCUUUCCGGUUUUCAAGUGCGACGCGAUGGCGGUCGGCAAGAACAAGCGUCUGACCAAGGGUGGCAAGAAGGGCGCCAAGAAGAAGAUUGUGGACCCCUUCUCCAAGAAGGACUGGUACGAUGUGAAGGCACCAGCCAUGUUCAACAUCCGCAACAUGGGCAAGACGCUCGUCACGCGCUCACAGGGCACACGUAUCGCGUCGGACGGCCUGAAGGGCCGCGUGUUUGAAGCGAGCCUGGCUGACCUGCAGAACGAUGAGGUGGCGUUCCGUAAGUUCAAGCUCAUUGUCGAAGACGUGCAGGGAAAGAGCUGCCUCACCAACUUCCAUGGCAUGGACCUCACGCGCGACAAGCUCUGCUCCAUGGUCAAAAAGUGGCAGACGAUGAUCGAGGCACACGUGGACGUGAAGACAACGGACGGGUACCUCCUGCGCCUCUUCUGCAUCGGCUUCACCAAGAAGCGCUCAAACCAGAUCCGCAAGACGGCAUACGCGCAGCGACAGCAGGUGCGCGCCAUCCGCCGCAAGAUGGUGGAGAUCAUGACACGCGAGGUGCAGAGCAACGACCUCAAGGAACUGGUCAACAAGCUGAUUCCUGACAGCAUUGGCAAGGACAUCGAGAAGGCUUGCCAGUCGACCUUUCCCCUGCACGAUGUUUACAUCUGUAAAGUGAAAACGCUCAAGAAGCCCAAACUUGACUUGGGAAAGUUGAUGGAGCUGCACGGUGAGGGUGCCGCCAGCACGGCCGCAAAGCCUGCGUCAGGCGCUGCAGGCGAUGCCGAGGGGACGGCGAGCAGCACCAAGGUGGACCGCGGGGAUGGCUACGAGCCGCCUGUGCAGGACACGGUGUGAGCGCCACCACCGCUCAAACCUCACACCCCCCCACCACAAACACCAAUGCGCACACCCUGCCAUGCAACAUCUCGCGGCUUGUGUGUGAAUACAAAUUGCGUUGUACAGCGCAAAUAAAGAUGGAAAGUUUAA